AUGUCUUCCAACGUCGGUCUCUCUACACCACGCGGAAGUGGUACUUCUGGAUACGUUCAGCGCAACCUUUCGCAUCUCAAGCCGCGCGACGCCGCCGCUCCCUACUCCAAGGACCACGACCUUCUCAGACACCGUCAGCGCCAGCCCGACAAGGACAUCCUUGAGCAUGAUCGCAAGCGUGAGAUUGAGGUCAAGGUCUUCGAGCUGCGUGAUAAGCUAGAGGAAGAAGAAGUCGACGAAGACGAAAUCGAGGACCAGUGUACCGCUUUGCGCAAGAAGCUCCAAGCCGAACAAUCCACCAAAGGCUCUACCACCAACGCUAGAGGCCUCAAAUCGCAUCAAGUACACGAGCUGGCCAAGGCAAAGAUCGAGGAGAGCGAGAAACUCCGACGCGCCUUCGGUAUCAGCAAGGACUACGAAGAGGGCAGCCACUGGAAGAAACAGGAGGAAAAGGCAAAACAAAUCCAAGACCGUCAGGCUGAGGAGUCAAGAAGAGCACAGGAGGAGGAUGAUUACUCGGACUGA